AGAUUUUUGUUUUACGAGGGAAAGACUAAAAUAGGCAGAGUAAAAGUGUGGAAGAAGUAUUUCAUAUUUCAUUGAACCUCCUUCAUGAAUAAGUUUCACGCAUACUCAAAACAUUAAGCCAUACAUGCAUGUUUCAACAAUCCACACAAUCUCUACGUGAUGAUUUUAAAUAUUACAGAAUCUCACUGCUAUUACUAGUACUAGAUUGCAGAUUCUCAAACCCUAAAUAAUUUCCCCCUUUUUCUGCUUCAAUGUCUGGUUACCUUCGAAAAUCAAGAUCCAAACAACAACAACAACAACAAGAUGAUGCAGCAGCAUUGCGCAAGAAUUCUGGCAAUAAUGGAGAGGAGCAGAAAGCAUCCUCGAGUAGAAGGGUAACUAGGCGUAAUAGUACGAACAAGGGGAAAUCCGAAGAAGAUGAUGCAAUUCGCAGUUAUUUUGAAGAAGAUGAAGAUGAUAAGAGCUCGAAACCGCGAAGGGGUGGUAGGAAAUUGAAGGGUAUUAAGUUUGUUGAUAAUGGUGUUGAAGAAGAAGGUGGGAGAAAGGGGAGGAAGAAAGUGGUUGAGAAAUGCACACCAAGUGUUUGUGAAAAUGUCGCUGAGAAAAGUGAUCGGUUUUCUCGGGUUCAGAAAGGUAGGGAAGAAACUAGGAGUAUGGAUGGUAGGAGGGGACAGCGUAAUUCUGUGCAAAAGUCGCUACACGAAGAGGACGAGGAAGAUGAUGAUGAUGAUGAAGUGCCGAGGCAUUGGAGGAAGCGAAGGGGUGGGAAGGGUCUUGAGGAGGUAAGAGAUGUUGGAAUGUCUAAGAAGAAGAAGAUGAUGAAGCAAAAUGUGUCCUUUGAGUUUCAAAAAGAAGAUAUUGUAACUAGGGAGUUGAAUAGAAAGACUAGAAGCCAAAAGAAUGUAGAAGAAAGUGGCAAGAAAAUCAUAGUAGAGGUAAGUGAGGAUGAUGAAGAUGAGGAAGAGAGAGAAGCCGAACUUGAGCUGCAGGAUAGCCGAGAAAAGCAAGAAAGAAGAAAGUGCCCUGGUAGUAGUAAGGGAAAAGAAAGUUUGGAAGUUAAUGUUGGUGAUCAUAAAGAAGAGUGUCAUAGUAGUAAGAAAAGAAAAGGAGAGGAAGUUCCAAAGGAUGAUCAACAAUGUGAGAGAAUAUUGAGGUGUGAUUGUAGUGAGUGCAAGGGACGUAGAAUGUGUUAUCAACAAAUUGUAUCAUAUUUGUUUCCGGAGGCGGAGAACAAGGUUUCCUCCGAAUCCAGAAUAUUCACAUAUAAAACUGCUCAAAACAUAAUCUCAGCAAAACCAAAAGAGAUUCUCAGUAAGAUUAACAAGGGAGAAGAAGAUAAAGGUUCAGGUGGAGGAAAAGAGUUUGAUAUUGAUUCGAGCAUCUGCCCUCUUUGUCAGAAGAAUGACAAGCAAAGAGUGGUUAGGUGCACCAAGUGUAAGACAAAAUUGUGUUGCAUCCCUCAGGAUAGUAUAGAAAUCGAUAGUGAGGUAGAGGAUAAGGAAGAGGAGGAGGAAGGAGGAGGAGGAGGAAGAGGAGGAGGAGAAGAGGAGGAGGAGGAAGAAGAAGAAGAAGAGGAGAAGGAAGAAGUCAUAGAGGAAGAAGUCGAACAGGAAGAGGAGGAAGAAGUCGAUGAGGAAAAGAUAGAAGUAGAUGAAGAGGAAGAAGAAAAAGAAGAGACUCUGAGGAAGAAUGAGGGCAGGAAGGGGAUGGGCAAGAAGCCUGAAGAUAGUAUAGUUGAACCUAAUGUAGAAGAAAGAUCAGAGGGAAAUGAUGACAAUAUUAAUAUUAAUAAUAUAUAUAGUGAUUGUGAAGGAGAACAAGCAGAGGAUAUAAUGAAGGAUGAGGAAUGA